AAGAAGUUGGGAGCUUAGCUUAGCUUAGCUGUAUAUAAAUAAAGGCACCUUUUAGACUGAACACACAACACAACCUCUCAAUCUCUCAGAAAAAGUAUAUAGCUACUCUUUUUCUAGUUAGAAGAAGAGCAUACAAUGGCUUCGACGAUGACAAUGGAAGCAUGGCUUGCUCAACUGGAAAUGGAUCAAAUUCCUAGUUUUAUAGACAAUAACUCAUAUGAACAAUAUCACCAAAGUGAAACAAUAGAAGGUUCUUUUGAUGAACAACUUGCUGCUACACUUGGGGAGGACUUCCCCUACUCUCUCUAUGCUACGAGCGACGACAGCGCCUCUCCUCAUGGAGAUUUUGAUUGCAAUCUCAUCGAACAAUAUAUAUCAACUCCUCUUAUAUCCAAUAGCAGCGAUAAUAACAAUGACAACAAUAUCAAUAAUGAUGGCGAUAAUGUUGUAAGCUCCAACGUUCAAAAGAGCCAACCAUCUAAGAAGAAGGGAGCGGCGAAGAAGGGAGCGGCGAAGAAGGAAGUGGCGAAGAAAGAAGCAGUAAGUGGAGGUACAAAAAGGAAACGACAGCCAAGUCAAGUGCAAGAUCACAUUUUGGCUGAGAGAAAGCGUCGGGAGUUACUCAGUCAGUUGUUCAUUUCCCUUUCAGCAAUUGUUCCCGGCCUUAAAAAGAUCGACAAAACAUCGGUAUUAGGAGAGGCAAUCAAACAUAUGAAGCAACUUCAAGAGAAAGUAAAGGUACUCGAACAAGUAGCUGCAAAGAGGACUGUGGAGUCAGUAGUUGUUGUGAAAAAAUCUAAAGUCGUGGUCGACAAUGGCAGUUGUGAUAAUGGCAAUGUAUCUUCUUCUACUGUGGAUGAUUAUUGCACAAGCGCCAGUAGUGGAAGAAGCGGCAAUGGUGGCGGCGAUGAUAAUGUUUCAUCGUUUCCGGAAAUUGAAGUUAAGAUAUCUGGCAACACCAUGCUCUUAAGAGUUUAUUGUGAACAACAGAAAGGGAUAUUGGCCAAGUUAUUCGCAGAGGUGGACAAACAUGAUUUGAGGAUUACUAAUUCUAGUGUUAUACCAUUUGAGAAUUUAGCACUCGAUAUUACUAUUGUUGCACAGAUGGAAAGGGGAUUCAACAAGAAAGUGAAAGAUUUUGUUAGAGUUCUUCGGAAUGCCCUUCGUUUAGCGAACUACCAACGCCAUGAAUCGAGUGAAGAUGAACAUUCCUCAUAGCUUGCACCUUCUUUUAGCUAGUUAGAGGAUCGGAGUUACCGACGCCAUGAAUCGAGUGAAGAUUUUGUGGUAGCUUGAAAUUAAAUAGGCUCAUUACUUAACUAUUUUUUAUUUACUGAAUAAUAAGCUAGUAAAAGCUUGGCAAGGUAGACUACAUAUUACUCCUUCUUUUUCUUUUUUGGAUCUUCUUGUUUUGCCUUCCGCAGAUCGAGUUUUCAAUGAAUAAAUUGAAGCAUAAA